AACACCACCUGUUAACAUGCAGAAUCGUUCAUAUGCUCGGUCGAGACUAUUGUGUCUAAACUUUGGUUGUAAGGCUUCUAAUCCAGUAGAAUAACACUGCAGCAAGCGAAUAUCUGUUCUCUCUGUAUGGGUAUACUGCGAUGUUUUACAAACCUGCGUCAAGUUUACAGCCAUGUUCGCUAACUUCGUCACACUCUUUAUCCUGUUCCAUGUGGCAGGUGGUGGGAAGGUUGUUAAUGAGGUUGUUCAUUGCCAGCCAGUAACAUCCUGUUCCAAUCGAUGUAACAUUGAGAAGAACUCUGGACAGUAUUAUGAUCCGGGCGUUGGAGCAUAUGUCUUUCCAUCGUAUAAUUGCUUCUGUGAUCCUCUGUGUCGUCUUUAUGGUGAUUGUUGUCACGAUUACGAGAAUAUAUGUGCAAACUCUAGCAAAAACCUAAAAGACUUUCAGACGCAAGUUGAUAAAGUGAAUCAUGGUGAAUCGCACCAGCAAUUAGAGAAAGUCGAUUAUCAGUUGAAUGAGCCAUCGCAUAAGAAAAUUCGAUCUAUGUUUGAAUGUAUUACUAUUGAAGAGUAUCCACACAGACCGUUUUGGACAACCAACAAAUGUCAGCCUUCAUGGCUUAAUUCAGAUGUUUCAAAACGUUGCUCCAACAUCACAGAAGCGGAUCUUCUCUCACGAUUACCAGUCCUGAGCGACGAUGGUCUGACGUAUAGGAACGUUUUCUGUGCUCAGUGCAAUGGCAGAACGACUGCCACAUUUUGGAAUACAGAAGCAAGAUGUCAGAAUGUACCACCAGAUAAUGCUACCGUUGAUCCAAACGCGUUGGCACUCUAUCUGAAAGAUUGUGUGACGUUCUUUACGACAAAGAGCGCGCCUCCACGAUACUGUCUGAGGGUGGAGGACACUUGCGACCAUUCAAAACUCGAUGCCACCAAGAAUUUUACUAAACUAUCGAGAGCUUGUUUUGAGAAUUACCAGUACCCGGUUAUUUAUAAUCAGAAUGGUGGCUCCACUCAGAUAUUCAAAAACAGUUUCUGUGCUGAAUGCAACGGCAUUGAUAUAUCACGUGAGUAUUGUCCAUCUUCUCGAAACAAAGAAAUAGCGAAUGUUGAUGAAUACAGGUAUUUUCUUAACGAAAAAUUGGAUUAUAAAUAUUCAGUUAUCACAGAUUUCAACACACGUGAUAGUAAUCACGUGGUAAUCAUGGACCAUUCCUCUGGUAAUGUUGUUCCAGUUGUGAUCGAGUGUCCAGAUGGUAAGGUCUAUGAUCCUUAUGCAGAAGUAUGUCGAGAGAUCUACUGUGGACAAAGUUACAUGCUCGUUGGAGAUGAAUGUGUUGAGGAUAGUCGACCCAGCGAAUAUUUUCCGAUGAUUUCAAAUAACACAAUAAAAACUAACGUAACUGAAAUUACAUUUCGACUGACAAUUGUUGUGCGAUUUGAAAUUACAUCUGACAACCUAAACCAGACAUUUAAAGAACUUAACAAUUUUCAGUUACUGAAAGACAGCCUAAAUAUGUCACGUAUAAACAUUACCUUAUAUAAUGAUACUGUUCAUAUUGUUGGAGAGAUUUUUAAAAAUUUCUCGACAAAUUCUACAACUUUGCAGAUUACAAAAGCAAAUGUAACCAUUUCAGGAAAGGCAAUUGUACACUUGACCACAGCCGCCAGAGAAUACAUUGACAUAGCAAAGAACCUGACAACAAUUAUCAGUAGUUUAGCACACUCAGUUGAUAUAUAUGACGUCACAAUCUACGUGGACAGCACUGAGAUUGAAUUGCCCAAUACUGAUCAGAAUGUGGUUCCUAAUAUUGAAGUUUCUAACAUUAAUCAAUUCAAUACUUUUCUCCAUGAAUGUCAGACUGGAGUCAUCAGGGUAUACCGCGUAGUUGACGUCACAUAUAUUCCACAAGAUGGCUGUGUUUCUGUUUUCGUCAACAGUUCAGAAACCGAAUAUUCCUGCACAGAGUCUUAUAUUUACAGUAAUGAAAAUAUCAAUAAUACCUCUCAGAAAAAUGAUGCUGUUUUUGUUUGUGACCAAGUUUACAAAAUGGACGACUCUUGUCGCCGUAUACACUAUAAUAAUACAUCAUAUACGAUUACGGAUGACGGGUCUGUCCAUCUUGAAGAUGGUUCUAUUUAUGAGAAAGGUGAUUAUAUAAAGGUUGGUGAUGAUCAAAUCGAAGUUUGUACCGAAUUUGAUAAAGUUCAAGAGGUUUAUUACGUGAUAUUUUUCGAUUUUAAUGACGUUCAGAAAUGUAUUGCUUUCAUGUGUAUUAGUAUUUCUAUGUCCGGACUUACAUUGACGAUCGUUACGUAUUCGUUAAUAGCUGAAUUGCGUACCUUGCCUGGUCAGUGUAUCAUAUGCUUAGCUUCAACAACAUUGGCUGGUCAGUUGAUUUUUGUCUUUGGAAUCAACACAGACAACGCUAUAAUGUGUACAACUUUUGCGAUUCUCCUUCAUUAUUUCUUUUUAUCAAGUUUUCUGUGGACUAAUGUCAUGGCUUAUGAUCUUUAUAAGACCUUCGGUGAUAUCUUCACCAUGAUUGUGGUAGCCUUCCACAUAACUGAGUUCUACUCGUUCACGUGGCCGUUUCUAUGGCGACACGAUGUUCAAUGCAUUAUCCAUCGUUACUGUCGCUACCUCUGCUUCCACGGAACGGUUUUCACGUUGACGGCGAUUGCUGUUGACCGUUACGUCGCCGUCUGUGACGUCAUGCGAUACAAAUUAAAAUUCACGCAAAGGAGAACAAACAGAAUCAUUGUUUUGGUGUGGAUCCUGGCGAUAUUUGCUUCAGCACCUGCCGUACUCAUGUUUCAGAGCAAAUACGAAGCCGGGAAAGACGAAUACGCUGAUGUCAAAUAUGCUGGACAGAUACCAUUUGCUUGCAAAGUAGUUUAUCCAUCAAACUUACCUUGGUUCAGCACCUUCAAAGCAUUUUACUUCAACAUAUUUUUAUUCUUUGUGCCUGUGAUCAUCAUAGCAAUUCUGAAUAUAAAAAUCGUGCUUUUUAUGCGUAGGUACGUACGCGAAUCAAUCAUAGACUCGCGCAGCACAAAUAAUCUGUACCGAUCGCACACCUCAGUGAAGCUACAUUGGAAAAUGGCGAAACUUCUCGUGUUUGUUUCUAUCGUGUAUUUACUCUGCUACCUUUUGUUUGUGUUGUAUCAAAUACUGUCCAAAUAUGCGGAGAUGCCUACCAACCUAAAGAAUCUCGCAAUUGUUUUACCGUAUGCAAAUAGCUGCGCUAAUCCUGUUAUUUAUUCACUCUUCAAUGCAAAUUUCCGCAGAAAAUUUUUCACAAUAAUUGGGAAAAAAUUUAUGUGGAAAAGAGCAACUAAAAAGUCCAGACAAAAUACACUUUAUAUUCUAAACUUAAAUUAAAAAACAAAUGCAACGUUUUAUUGUAUUAUUUAUAACUUAUUUUAUCAGGAUAAUAAUUCAAUAAUAAUUACACAGUAUAAAUAUAGUAUUAAACAUUGUUUUUUCCCCUAAAAUUCACAAGAAACAAAAUGAAUGAGCUUUAAAAUCAUGUUAUCAUAAAUAUAGUUUUAUAUAAAGGUUUAUCUUUCUAAUCGAAUAGGUAGUAAUUCACAUGAGACGGAAUGUAUGCUCAAUGGGCCACUAAGCGUAAAUCAUUCUGAUCUGAUCUCAGCAAUCAGAACAGGGAAGUGAACACGCGUACGUCCAAUAAACACGCAUAUUUACGUACAUUUGCGAUGUCACUUUGUUGGACCUUAGCAACAUUAUCAAGUCCGGGGGUGGGGGUAGUCGAAAAGUCCAUUGGAUAUUAUUCUGUAGCGAUGUCAUUUUGUGGGACCUUAGCAACAAGGCAGUUUCCGCCGCACCACGUUAACCUUAACGCUAACGGAUGACGUCAUAAUGUAUUCAUCUUACGUUGCGGAGUACGUUAAUUUCAGGAUUUUACGUG